AUGGCCCUACAACAAUACUCACGGUUGUGGUUGACUGUGACUGUUUUCCUGGUUACAGGGGCGAUAAUCCAGUUUUACCAGACACUUGAGAUUGGGUCUCUACAUAAACACGAGACAAUGACCUAUCCUUCUUCUGUACCCGAUAAUGACCCAUCUGGUGACCCCUUUGACUUGCGUGAUCUUCAAAAUAACGUGGCCAGUCAUUUCUUUGCCGGCCUCUUUACCUUAAUGGCAGGAGAUUCUGACGCCACAAUCAGUAACAAAUCGCAGAUCACGGGCUGUAACUCCAGCACCUGCCAGCCGCCAUCUUGCCGCUGCCAGUCCAACCAACACCCGGGUAACUUCCCCUUGGACCAGGUCCCUAUGAUGGUGCUGCUGACCUUUGACGACUCAGUGGGUGACCACAACAUCCACUACUUCAAGACUCUCACCAACAUCGGCAUCCGUAGUGCCAACAACUGUCCUAUGAAGAUGACGUUUUUCGUGUGCGGCCUAGAUACUAAUUACACCCACGUGAGGCUCCUACAUCAAUUAGGUCAUGAGAUCGGAGUGCACUCAGUGACCCACAACCCCGAUCAGCUCUGGUGGUCAAGGAAGGCGACUGCUGAAGAUUACAUCAACGAGUUUGGAAAUCAGAAGAAAAAUUUGAUGAACGAAGCUGGAAUUCCAGAGUCGGAUCUCCGCGGUAUGAGGGUCCCGUACCUACAGGCUGGAGGCGACACACAGAUGGGGGUUAUGGAGAAGCUGGGACUAAUCUACGACUCCAGUUAUGUGAUGAAAAAUGGCGAGGGUCACCAGUGGCCUUUCACGCUUGACUUCACUUCUGUGUCGGAGUACAGUGGUCAGGUCUUUCCCAGGGGACGCUAUCCAGGAAUAUGGGAGAUACCAUUGUCAAUGUACAAGUGUGUGCAGGGAAACAAGAUAAUCGAGCCUUGGAUGCCAGACGGCUGUCGACUACCCAAAUCAACAAGCGCAGUACUGGAGUACCUGCGCACCAACUUCAAAGAUCGCUACCAAAGCAGGUCGCCCAUGCAGAUAUUCAUCCACUACACCUGGUUCACCAGCAACAGCCAAAGUUUUGAAGGCCUGGUGGAGUUCCUCAAAGAACUGGCGAGGAUGCCGGACAUCUGGUUCCUGUCGUUGAGUCAGCACGUAGAGUGGAUGGCGUCACCAACGCCGAUCUCUCGUCUCAAGUACUUCACGCCAUGGAAGUGUUGAUGAAGUUCUAUAGAAUAGAAACACACACAAUAUCUCACUCAAACAAAAAUCUCUCGUCUCAAGUACUUCACGCCAUGGAAGUGUUGAUGAAGUUUUAUAGAAUAGAAACACACACAUCUCACUCUGACAAAAAAAAAUUCCUCGCAAACACAAGUUUCAACAAUAAAUCAGCCGCAAACAAGGAAUUUUGUGAUUUAGACAAUUUAACCACAUCGCAUUACUUUUGCUUCCUACAGUAAAAUAACCAAAUAGUAUACAUUUUGUUUACCAACCGUAAAUUAACCAGAUAGUAUACAUUUUGUUUACCAACCGUAAAUUACCCAAAUAGUAUACAUUUUGUUUACCAACCGUAAAUUACCCAAAUAGUAUACAUUUUGUUUACCAACAGUAAAUUAGCCAAAUAGUAUACAUUUUGUUUACCAACCGUAAAUUACCCAAAUAGUACACAUUUUGUUUACCAACAGUAAAUUAGCCAAAUAGUAUAUACAUUUUUUACCAAAUUUUAGCCAAAUAGUAGGCCUAUACAUUUUGUUUACCUAGUCCAAAUCAGCCGAAUGAUAUCUAGUGUGGUAUUAACACCAAACCUGUCAUAUGGUAUUGAUUUGAAUGAAAACGUGGAUCAUCAACGUCGUGAGUGUAUAAGAAACUGGAUGUUGAAAGCUUUUGAUACAGGUAGUAUUGAUGUGACAUGAAUAACUGCUGCAAGAGCGUAUGUAUUGUUUAUUAGCAACUUUAAUAACUGCACUUGCAUGUACUGCAAUACAACUUAUAGAUAAUUACUGUUGAUAUUUCACAUAAUCUUCACCCACAUCUGUUGUCUUUAACGGCCUAAACAUAAGUACACUUCAGACAAAGUAAACAUAUCAUUUGAAUAAAAGUUA